UUUUUAUUUUUAUGUUAUUUUUCAUAAAAUAAACGGUCACUUUACCAACAGAAAUGGCCAACCUCAUUAUCCAGAAUGUCCGGCGUCAACAUGCCAGCACAAAUACGAUUUAUCAUGCCUUGUACGGUUAUUUUUUCCUGGGAAUGUCGAAAAAGAAACUGGCGGAAAUCUACGGAAAAGCUCAAUCAACGAUUACUGAGUGGUUCGCGAAGUACGAACAGACCGGUGCAGUCAACAGAAAGAAACGGGUACAAGUCUACAAAAAGUUCGGUGCCGAAAUGCGGACAUGGCUAGUCGAACUGUACAAUCAGCACCCGAUUCUGUUCCUCGACGAAGCACAAGCAAUGUUCCAGCGGAUGUUCAAAGUUUCGAUAAGCGUAUCAUCCGUGUGGGCCAUAUUACACGAGGCUGGAAUGUCGUGGAAGCGAAUAGAACGGCGUGCAAUUCAAAUUCGGCAGGACGAAAUUGUCCGUUACGUCAAAGAGCUGCUCUCGUUCCCGUGGGACCUGUUCAAUCUUGUCUUCCUGGAUGAGGUGAGCUUUGACAACCGUGACAUGCUGCGGACCAAGGGGUACGGAAUCGUUGGCCAGAAGGUGAUUUAUCGUGGAGAAUUCUGCCGCAAGCCUCGUGCAUCUAUGCUUUGCUUUCUGGGUUCCGGUGGAAUGCUGGAUAGUUUCUGGACUGAAGGCACUUUUACUAGGGUUAAAUUCUUUGAGUGCUGCCGUACAUUUGCCCUCAAAAACAAAAAAGUUCAGCGCUAUCCGGGAUUCCACUCCGUAUGGAUCUUGGACGGGGCCAAGAUCCACUGUGAUCGUCACAUCGUCAAAUAUCUCAGGACAAUUGGCAUUUUGCCUAUAUUUCUUCCGGCUUAUUGUCCAUUUUUUAACCCCCUGGAAGUAGUUUUCGGUUUGAUUAAGAAGGAUUUGCAGCGGCAGCACCGGCAGAAUGUUCCCGUGAUGCACGAAGUUCUCGAUGCGGUGAACCGUUUCAAAAUUUACCCGUGUUUGCGACUUUUCGAGCACUGUGGCUAUUAUGCCGGAGGAACUUUUUUGCCGGAGAAAGGGAUGGGACAAGAUCCGAAGCAAUUUGGACUCAAUAUUCUACCAUGAAGAAUAAGUUAAAUAAAAAUAAAGAAACAAUACCAAAUCCCUCCAGUUUAUUUAUUCCACGAAUGUAAUACUAUCACGCAGCAAUCUUUAAGCAUGUUGAUCAUCGAAGCAAUUGGUGACUUCGGCGGCCAAUUGCUGGCUUAAUUCACUCUCCUCUGGUUGCAUCACAGU